AUGGGACCGUUCAACAGCCAAACCGUAGCGGAUGGGGGCGGAGUGGAAACUGGAACCGCGGACGUGACGUGCAGUAUCCGUCCGGUCUGCCCUGCCCUUCCCGUCCUCCAGACGUCGAUGCUGUCUGUUGAGCGCACUACGACUCCUCGCGAGAAGCAGGACAAGUCGAAGCUGGUCUUCGGGCAGACGUUCUCAGACCACAUGCUGCACCUCGACUGGGACAGCGAAGGGGGCUGGCAAGCCCCCAGGAUCCUGCCGUACGGGGACCUGCGCAUCAGCCCGGCCGCCUCGUCCCUGCACUACGGCUUGCAGUGCUACGAGGGCAUGAAGGCCUACCGUGAUGCGGACGGCGGCGUGAGGCUUUUCCGGCCCGACCUCAACAUGAUCCGCCUCAACAGGUCCAUGGACCGUUUGUGCUUCCCUCAGGUGGAUGAGGCGAGCAUGAUCGAGCUCAUCAGCAAGCUCGUCGUUGAGGACGCGGACUGGAUCCCAGAGGGCGAUGGUUACUCGCUCUACAUUCGCCCGACAGCCAUCAGCACCCACCCGUACCUGGGACUCGCUGCACCGGAGAAAGUCAAGAUCUACGUCGUCCUGUCUCCCGUUGGCCCCUACUACAAGGAGGGGUUCAAGCCGGUCAAGCUCUACGCUGACACCGAGCAGAGGCGGGCGUGGCCCGGCGGCAUGGGUUUCGCCAAGGCCGGCGGCAACUACGCCCCCACCGUAAAGCCGGGCCUGAAGGCCAAGAAGGAGCACGGCUGCGCACAGAUCCUCUGGCUGUUCGGCGAGGAGGACUACGUGCAAGAGGUCAGCGCGAUGAACAUAUUCUUCCUCAUCAAGAAGGAGGACGGCGAAGGGGUGGAGCUCGUGACGCCCCCUCUUGACGCCGGGGACAUCCUCGAAGGUAUCACGAGAAGGUCGGUGCUGGAACUGGCAAGGGAGUGGCGAGAGCUGGAAGGCGGCGUCCCUCUUGAGGUCAGCGAGAGGCCUCUCGCCAUGGGAGAGGUCGUCAAGGCAUCCCGGGAGGGCCGGCUUCUGGAGGUGUUUGGCACGGGUACGGCAGCUGUCAUCUCCCCGGUCGAAGCCAUCAAGUACCGGGGCAUGGAAAUCGAGGUGCCCAGCGGCACCAGCAUCGGCCCGCUCGCGAAACGCUUCUGGGGGGCCCUGACCGACAUCCAGUACGGCAGGGUGGAACACCCCUGGUCCGUGCGAAUCGCAUGA